CUGCUUUCUCUAAACACCGUUCGGGCAAUCCGCCAACUGUAGCAGCCUGUACUUUCCCCCCAGCUGUGCCUUUUCAAUCUUCCCAGGACCCAACCACCAGUCAAAGCGAACGCGCUGCGAGGUGUCACACCGGCGUCAUGUCAAUUGGCUAAGACAGAGAGGUACCGUGUGUGGCUUGCUGCGGCACGCGCUCUGGAAUUCCCUUCGGCUGCCCGCUGCAGGUGCAGGUGCGGAGGGGUGUUGAAUCGCGGUAAUGGCCACAACCAACAACAAGCCUGUCGCCCGGCCAGGCGCGCAACGGAAUUCCCCAACCGCCCAACCGUUAUUGGACACCGAUUUACCCACGAACCAGGCCAGGGCGAAAGCGUUACUCCAGAUUUCGGUGCCGCCGCCCGAAGUGGCAGCGCCGGCUGAUGCUUCUGGCAGCACACCCGCGUCAGGCCGUUUUAUGAUGCGACGCAGCGGCGGCGGCAAGAUGACGCCAAUCAAUAAACCGCCGUUAGCGAAUGGCAGUUCCUCAAUCAAGUAUGAGGAUAGGCGGCACUCAACAAACGGCGGUAAUCACCCUAACAGCAGCUUCGAUAUCACCGAAAUCGAGAGUGACAUCGACCAAAGCGAUCGGGCGCCGAGAUGGGGCUUCUCUUCUACAAGCUACAGUCACGGUGAAAAGCGUCGGAAAAGCACAGAAACCGAAGGUUAUCCUAAUGCAAAACGCGCCAAAGAUACCAACAGCACAAUUGUUGUAAGCGAAAGCAGCACAAUUAGCUACAUCCCACCGCAUAUUACAACUGCGGCGGAUGGGAGAAAGUACUCUCAAUUCAAGGCGAGCAACGGUCGGUUGGAUGAUGCGCAUGGCGCUAUCAUUCCAGGUGGUUACACCACCAUUGCGCACGUGGAUAAGCCCUGGCCAUGCCCCGUCCUCGGUUGCAGGACCUUAUUCCCAAGUCUUUUUCGCCUAGGCUGUCAUUUCAAGCAGGAGCACCGGGCAAACACCUUCCACGACAACAACGAUGGAACUUUGACCAAGAAGGGAACAUACGGGAGCAAGUCCGCGGCUUCGUGUCCCAUAGUCGUUACGCGAGAGAAGCCGAACCAAUACAUGGCGGGUGUCGCUAACGCCAUCAAAACUGCGCUCUCCGAAUCCCGGCCGGAUGUACCGUCAGCUGGUGGCGUCGACGACGAUUCCUCUGACGACUCCGGGGAUGAUGGCUUCGACAUUAUCUCUGACGACGACAGCCCUCGAUCAGUUGGGGUGAAGUCGCAUGUAUCGGAAUCACGGGAUAACUCGAGCGGGAGCCCCAACGGCGAUUUGGUCUCUCAGGAGUGUAGCACAGGGGGGUUUCCUGAUCUCCGCGCCCUGCCCUCUGCUCGACCAUCUGUUGCAACGGAAGCGCCUGCUGUUGUGGACGCCGGUCCCGCCAUGCCGCCCAAGGCCACGGGGACAGAGGUUGUCGUCCAGCCCAAGAACCGAGACUUCUCUGCUCCUAUACCCCCCAAUGUCGAAACCAUGUGGAAGUACAUCACACAGUUCACCAAGGUGCAUCGCGAAGAAAUCCCGGAGAAGAUGUAUGUUCGUGAUUUCUUGGCUUUGCCUCGGCUCCGCGAUUUGGAGUGGAACGACGCCCGGCAAGUAUCGUUCAAGGACUCUGUGGCGCGGGAUGUCUCUUCCAUGCUUAUGCAGGUUACAGGGCCCUACGCCGCGGAGCCGUGUACGCGGUGCAAGAAGGAUUCUGGCCCAUACAAGGGCUGUGUCAGGAUGCCACCCGAAGCUCCCGUCCACCCCCAAGUCAUGCUCUAUGGCUGUGCCAACUGCGUUUAUCACGGGGGACAAACACAUUGCUCCCUGCAGUCGCAGUCGAAAAAAGAAACCGCCGAGCGCUUUCCUCACCUAGACCCUGCCAAGGUGAGGGCUGAGGUUUACGCCAUGGCAAAUGCCGCGGCCGGCCGACUCUCGGCGCAAGUCAAGCAGAAGAUGAAAGCCGUCCGUGAGGCCCAGAAGGAGAGCCCCAAACAAGAAAAGCCCAAGGCGGCGCCUGAGACGGUGCCCGAGACGGAUGAAACUCUCGUUCUGGUAGCAGCGAGAAUGUCACCAGGAGCAGAAUUUUCCACGCGUAGCCGCGGUACGAAACCGCCCAGCUACAACAUCAAGGAAUUGUCGCGGUCCUCAUGGCACCGUACCCCCCGGCCGUCGGCUGGCAGCGCCGCGCCGUCUCGCGGAGCUCUACUCGCCGAAGCGGUUGCGGGGGCGGCAGAGGUUCCUGAAAAGGGAGAUGCCGGCAUGCCUGUAGGUGAUGUUAAAGCCCAGGCUGUGGCUCUGCAAGCGCGGGGCCAUCCGGAACAGCCUUCCGACCGGGUCUCCACGCCAGACAAGAAUGCCAGCCGCCAAGGUCAUACGACAGGGCGCCCGGAUGUCGCCAGGGCCGCGGCGCCUUUGGGUUCCGGGGCAGGCGGUUCCCUUGAGAUGGAAGACUGGGAGUUUGGUCCUGGCGUUUUCUCGUGCGGCGAGGACGGGCAAGAUAAUGUUGCCUUCUCGAGCGCCUAUCUGACGGGCCAGAAGCUGGUGCCAGUCGCGGACGGGGUGUCCUGCAGGGUCGAGUUCCUGAAGCCCGGUUGCAGCCUCUCGCUCAGCCUAGACGCCCGCAGCACGCGCCUGGUCACCAUCAUGGCCGGCAAAGUAAGGGUCCAGAUCGGGGACGCGAGCUUCGGCGUCGGGUUCGGCGGCAAUGUCAAGAUCCGCCCGGGCAUGUCUGCCGUCCUGCAGAACCGGCUCUAUGCCGACGCAUACCUUCAGAUCGUGUCUGUGGCAGAGGUGAUUUGAGCGUGAUCUAGAAUGGAUCGGAAUCAUUACUCCUCCGCCUAAGCGCAACUGUCUCUACGGUGCUUGGCGAUGUGCUGAACUUUCAGUAGUGUUUAUUGCACACUAAUCAUAUGUUGGAGGGGAUAUCGCGCGUAGGUGUUGUCAGAUAGAAGAGACUUGGAUCGUUCCCUAUUAUGUUAGGCAAGCAUUGUAUUUAGUCGAUAGCCUUGGAAAAGGUUGAUAUCAGGCGUCA